AUGUCAGUAGAAGCAGCUAGCAAUAGUAGCGACCAAUCUGGGUUGAAGCCUUUCUUGGCCAAGUACAACUUCAAGCUUGGUGAAGCCUCGGAUGAGUACAUAGCUCGUCGUAAGAGACAGAUGGUGCUCUUUAUGAGCUCAGCAGCCUUGACCAUCUUUGCUUCCAGAUUCGCCUACAAGUCUACUAUAUCAAGACAGUAUAUACCCACUCUAUUCCAAGGAAACCAUGCACCACCUUUGAGUUACAAUUUCGCCACAGAUGCCGCUGUGGCCGUAGGUACCGGUACUCUCUUGUGUGGAUCGGUUUCUUCUAUGGUGAUAUUUGGUAGCUGCUGGAUUCUCGAUGUUUCCAACUUUAAGGAAUUUGGCUGGAAAAUGAAGUCGAUGAUGGGAGGAUACGAAAAGGAAAGGGAACUCAGCAAGCUCCCAAUGGAUGAAGAAAGUGCCUACAUCCAAGACGGAUUGAACGACAUCUUGGAAGGAAAGUACGACUUCGACGAAGACGGAACAGAAGAAGGGAAGUAA